CGUUUUUUGUUUGUUUCUUCUUCUUCUUCUUCUUCUUUUCCAACCUUCCCUAGCUGCCACAUCUCUGCAGCCACACUCGCGGCUCCUCUCUUUCGUUUCUUCUUUCGCAGUCCCAGGGGCGCAGCACAUUGAUGCUUCUCACUUGCUUUCCGAACUCCUGCCGCUGCCGUCGCGACCGGUGGAAGGAGGGACCGCGCCCCCGCCCCGGCCCCGGACGCCGGUCUGAAGAGAAACUAUUUGAAACAGAAUCCUAAACAUGCCUCGUAGAGAAAUACCCUUGACACUUUUGCUCCUUAUGUUUACAAGCACCUCAGAAGAUUGUACUUCACGUCCUCGCAUUACUGCAGUUGAAGGGGAACCUUUCUAUCUGAAAUAUUGCCCUUCUUCAUCUGAGCAUAAGAAUGAAACCACCACCAUAAAAUGGUACAAAAGCAGUGAAUCACAUGGCCCCGUGGAGCUAAACUCAAGCAGAUCACCCAGAAUUGCUCUGCGUGGUUAUGUUUUGGAGUUUUGGCCAGUUGAGUUGGACGACAGUGGAUCUUACUCUUUCCAAAUGGGAAAUGAUUCUCAUGAAUGGAAAUUAAAUGUCAUCGGAAGAAGUAGAAACAGCUGUUUUACUGAAAAACAAGUGACGAGUAAAACUGUGGAAGUUAAAAAAUCUUUGCAGAUAAACUGUGAACAUAGUUACUAUAAACCACCAGCCGGCAGAACAUUGUUGUAUAAGAACUGUGAGAAGAUAGAGAGCAAUAAAAACUCAUCUUUACGGAAGAAUGCAGAGUUUAAAGAUCAGGGAUAUUACACCUGCAUGUUUUUCCUUCAUCAUAAUGGCAAAGUAUUUAACGUCACCAAGACCUUCAAUAUAACAAUAGUUGGAGAUCGCAGUAAUGUAAUUCCAGUUCUUCUUGGACCAAAGCUUAACUAUGUUAAAGUGGAAUUAGGAAAAGAUGUACAGCUCAACUGUUCUGCUUUGCUGAAUGAAAAGGGUGUGGUUUAUUGGAACUUCUGGAAAGAAAAUGAAACUGAUCCUAAUGAACAUGAAGAGCAAGAAACAAGAAUUAGGACUUCAGAAGGCAAAAGUUAUGCUUCAAGAAUAUUGAGAAUUGAGAAUAUUAAUGAAAAAAAUCUAAAGUUUUCAUAUAAUUGCACUGUGGCCAGCGAGGGAGGCACAGACACCAAAACCUUCAUCUUGGUGAAAAAAGAAGAUAUGGUUGAUAUCCCAGGCCACGUCUUCACUAGAGGAAUGGUCAUAGCUGUUUUGAUCUCGGUGGUAGUUGUGUGCGUAGUGACCAUGGGUGUCAUUUACAGAGUUGACUUGGCUCUAUUUUAUAGACAUUUCAUGGGAAGAGAUGAAACAUUAACAGAUGGAAAAACAUAUGAUGCUUUUGUGUCUUACCUAAAAGAAUGUCGACCUGAGAAUGGAGAGGAGCACACCUUUGCUGUGGAGAUUUUGCCCAGGGUGCUGGAGAAACGUUAUGGAUAUAAGUUAUGCAUAUUUGAAAGGGACGUAGUACCUGGAGGAGCUGUUGUUGAUGAAAUCCAUUCAUUGAUACAGAAAAGCCGGAGACUAAUCAUUGUCCUAAGUAAGAGUUAUAUGUCUAAUGAAGUCAGGUACGAACUCGAAAGUGGACUCCACGAAGCACUAGUGGAAAGGAAAAUUAAAGUAAUCUUAAUUGAAUUUACACCUGUCACUGACUUCACAUUCUUGCCCCAAUCACUAAAGCUUUUGAAAUCCCACAGAGUUCUGAAAUGGAAGGCUGAGAAAUCUCUGUCUUAUAACUCAAGGUUCUGGAAAAAUCUGCUUUAUCUGAUGCCUGCAAAAGCAGUCAAGCCAUGCAGAGACGAGUCAGAAGUCUUGCCUGUUCUUUCACAGUCCUGAUCUUCAGAAGAGCGGAGUGUAAGAAAGAACUCUUGACACUCUGGGGGUUGAGUCUAUGAGCCUAUUUACAACAAAUGGCCUUAUUCAAAAUAUUUAACUCUACUCUAUGAAAAUCCUACUCACAGUUUGAAGAUGAAGCUUGUCGUGAGGUUGCCAGGGAUAAGACUAAACACUGAGCUGUGGUCAUGUGCUCCCAGAAGACCCUGGAAUUCAAAAGAAAUGGAUCUUCUGUUUCUCCCUCUUCCAUAAGUGGGUGCAGGUGCCCAUACUCAAUACGCUUACUCAAACCCCUGAGUCUGGGCACAGUGCAAAAUAACUCGCGCAUUACAACAAGGGUGCAUUUUUAAGAGAUUUUAAUGCUAAUUAUUGAACUAAAGGGCUUUAAGUUCAUGAAGUGGCAUUUUCUAUGAGCCAGUAGGUGACACAGUAACUGGAAUGGUGCCUUCACUCUCCGGUAAUAGCUACCUACCUCGACACACCCCAGACCGUGCCUGGGACGUGGGAGAGGGCUGGCAGGGCUGCGCGCAGAGCAGGGGAGUGAGGUAUGAGGCUGCUGUCACAGGACCUUGGCCUCGGGAUGUGUUUACUGUAUCUGGGUCACAGCUGCAGGCCCACGGUUCUUGGAACCCCACCAAGGUGCUGCACGGAGCUUGCUUAAUGGGGCCUGUUUGCGGGAACUUCUUAAAAGGAACCCAAAACAACUUUUUGUCUUUUACGAGAAACACAAAUUUUAAUUCAAAUAAUUUUCUUGGUCUUUCAAAAGUGGCCUAAACCAUUUGUUGAUUUUACAUAAAUGUUUGUAUACAGGAUGAAUUCCAGAUCAUAUUAGCCAUUAAACAUCAAAAAAUAAUCGUUACUUGCUUGAUUUUUUAAAAAAAAUUACGUUUAUAAAAUGCCCUUAGAGCGGGACAGCAUGGUUUGGUGGCUAAGAGGAUGAGCUGUGCAGCCAAGAGGCUUGAGCUCCUAUCCUGGGUUUGCUACUUACUCCUGUGACCUCUGGAACAUUUUCUAACCCGUCUGUGCCUCAGUUUCCUCAUCUGUAAAAUUAGAAUUUAUAAUAAUUGUGGCUACUUCACAGGGGGACUGAAUAAGUAAAUAUAAAUAAGUACUUACAACAGUUCUUGGCACAGACUUAACACUCUGUAAGUGUUGCUAUUACUAUUAUUGUUAUUAUUAUUAAUUAUUACUUAGAUCAGUUCUUUAGCAGUGGACUAAAAUGGAAGCCAGAGAGCAGAAAGGGAAAGAGAUCCGGAGGGGAAGGCAGUUUUGACUUGAGGACAUUUGCGUAUAGAGAAGCCUACAAGAGAAGCAUGUCAGUAGGGUGAAGACAUUUCUUCACUAGACAUGUGCAACUUUUGAUGUUGGAAGACGUAUAUCUGUCUCCCUAAAGUAGGCCCAGCCCUGUGGGCCUUCCUGAUGGCCUCAGCGGUCGUGGCUGUCCAUGGGAAACCACUGAGUGAGUGAGAAACAUCAGCCUUAAAGAGAAAGGAAAGAGUUGGGUGAGUUUGGAAGGCUGGUUAGAAUAUAUGGGUGCAGCAUGAAUAUUCCAGAAAAGUUUAAAGCAGAGACUGUUUAAAACAGCUGUAGUAGAUAUUACUGAAAAUCAAAAAAUGAGAUUUUCAGUGUAAGAAAGUGAUUUAAUUUUUGUAGAGCUUACAAUUUUGUGUGCUAUUUUGAUGGCCAAAGAAAGUAAGAGCAUUUAAUUCCUAACUUACGCUUUAUAUAUGAAAAUAUAUGGUUAGGAGAAAUUUUAUUGCUGUCAUCAUAGUCUCUAACACAGAGUGAUUUUGCUUUUCUCUUUUAUGAUGUAUGCUUUAAAAUACAUUAAAUGUAUUUUGUAUUAAAUGUGUUAAAUAUGUAUAUUAAAAAUAUGCUUUAAAAUACAUUAAUGAACCAUU